AUGAUGCGGACUAAUAGAAGAAGAAUAAAGAUUGCAAUAGAGAGCGGAGCGAGUAGAGAGAUCCGAAGUUGGGAGAGAAAAGAGAAACCUUUGGUUGGAGGGCUCAUGCGGUUCCUUAAAGGACCCAUUGUGAUGCUUCGCGAAGAGCACCAAAAACUUGGCAGUGUGUUUACAAUGAAUUUAGUUAAUAGGAAGAUUACUUUCUUGAUUGGCCCUGAGGUGUCUACGCACUUCUUCAAUGCUUUAGAAGUAGAUUUGAGCCAGCAGGAGGUGUAUCAGUUCAAUGUGCCUACUUUUGGUCAUGGUGUUGUGUUUGAUGUAGAUUACUCUAUAAGGCAAGAGCAGUUUCGGUUCUUUAUAGCGUCUUUAAGAGUGAACAAACUCAAGGGAUACGUGGAUCAGAUGGUGGUAUCACUCAUAGAAAGGCAGGAGCAGUUAUUUGAUUUCUUCAGUGCAUUGGGUGAUGUGGCUUUUGCUUAUGCUGGGCACAACGUGGUGUUGGAGAUUUAA